AUGGCUUUCAUGUACAACUCCUACUUCGACUACCUCUGCCCCCUCAACAUCAGUAAACACACACCCGCACAGUACACUACCGUCUCUUCAGAGAAACCUCGCCAGACCAAGUCUUCCAACAACUCUACUCCCAAGUCUGCCACAGAAAAAGAGGAAGCCAAACCCAAGCCCAAAUCCAUCCCUCGUCCCGCUCAGCUCACUAUCACGAUCGUUCCCCCGGAAGGUUAUACGGAUAGACAACAGAACGAGAUAUGUGAGAGGUUGACGAAGGUGAAGAUUUUCAUCGAGAUGGAGGAGAAGAGGAUUGGACGGUAUCAAAAGUAUAAUGGACGAAGAGGUGAGAAUGAGGGUGCGUCCCAGAGCUGUGGGCGAGUGGUGGGUACGGCGCAGACUUCUGCCCAAAGUGUGAGCAAAGCUUGA